AUGUUGUAUGAUGCCACAUCAAAUGAACAUAUACAAUUGGCCGAAAAAAUGCUGGAAUUACAAGAUCGCAGAAAUCAACUUAAACAGCAGAUAAAUUCUUCAGAAUUAUCAUUUCGAAGAAAAUGGAUAAAAAUGACAGAUACUGAUAUUAAAUUUCCACAACUUAGUCUCGAUUUCUUACGUGAAUAUACCUGCGGAAGCUAUCAACUGAAACAAAAUAAAGCUUACGCUAAAUCGUAUCUGGAUGAACACGGUAGUUUUGAAGUUGAAAUAUCUCCAGAUACCGAUAAUAUACUUCGCUGUCGUAUACAAAGCCGACAUCAUAAUAGUGUCGAAUAUCAGCUUGGUAUAGAAUAUGACCAGGAAGAUGAUGAUAAUCCAAUAGUAGAUAAGUUUUGUCAGUGUAAGAGCGGCAAUCGUACUAUUGGAUAUUGCGCCCAUGUCUCCACUGUAUUAUGGUAUUUGGGAUUCGCAAGAUAUACCGAAUGAAAACCACCGCCACAUGGAAGAAAACUCAAUGAAGAAGUAACUGUUUGUCGUUAGAAUUAAGCAUCUGUUGGCGUAUGAACGAGGACUGAUUCACUUAACCUAAUAUUCCCUUAAAAUGAUCUCGAUAGAUACGUUUCUUUUCAUGAUAUAAAACAAGAUAACAACUAACUACAAAAUGAAUAAACACGUGUAUAUAUAUAAAUGAAAACGAUGAGAGGACGGCGGACUAGUAUAAGGAACUAUAGUCACUAUAUCUACAAGAGUGAAUAAGUGACAAGACUAAAUAAAUCCAAUAAAAUAGAAAAAGGAAUGAAACAAUAAAUAUGACUGUGCACAUGUUUAUGGUUAGCAGUGUUCAAACAGAGAAAAUUCAUACCAUAAAUACAAAUAUACUUGAAAGAUUACUUAAGACUGUGACUCAAAAGUCAAACAUUCGCCUAUUUUCUGCACUGAUGCGUAUAGUAUAUAUAAAAUGAGUCUGCCUUUGUAAUAUAAACUGAAUCUCAAGGUUGCAUUUCGUUCAGUAUUCAACACUCUAUAAAACUACAUGUGACUUGGCCGGUAAAUGUAUUCAGAUUGGUUCUAGCUUUUACUGAAAACGCAAACACAAAGAGGUUCCUAUGGUUAUGAAACACUGUACUGCAUAUAUAACACCCAUACGCUUCUUUUGCAUAUCUUUAAUGACUGGUCCCACCAAUCUAGAUAUUCUAACUAGCUCAGUUUGUAGAGAAUUUCACGGGCUAUCCACUGAUAUUCUUUUGAAAAAUAUAUAGCUUCCAGUCAAGAUAUUCUAACUAGCUCAGUUUGUAGAGGAUUUCACGGGCUAUCUAAUUGUGUAUAAUUGGAAACGUGUGUCCCUUUUUGGCAAGAUUUUCUGGUUAAUGGCCUUUCGACGUUCAAUAUCGUCCUGUAUACUAUAUGUAAAAUAAGUCUAAAUACUUUCCUUUGUAACAUAAGCUGAAUCUAAAGGCUGCAUUUUGUUCAGAAUUCAACACUCUAUAAAACUACAUGUGUCUCGGUCGGUAAAUGUGUGUUUUUCGAGAGGCAGGCUCCGUCAAGUUCCUCCUUAGGGUUUCUUGUCCCCAAAAAGCUUUUUUGUGUUUUGACCAUAUGUAUAAUACUCCGUCCGACUCAAUUUUGUUCGUAGAUUACGAAUAUGGCGUUAAAACUGGUUGAUAAGUAAAUCAGACCAGAAAAAACCAAGUUUAAGUCCAAAAUAUACCCUA